AUGAAUAUUAAUUCCAUUGAUAUUUUACAAAUAUCGUGAUCUCAAAUAAACUCAGAAUUUAUAAGGCAAUCUUAAUCUUUGUAUUUUCCUUGUUUGCUUAUUUAGAAAUACUUAAAACUGUGCCUGUUACAUUUGAGAUCAAUACCAUAUUCCACCUAGAUCUAAGCAAUUAAAAGAUUCAGAAAAUUGAUUUUUUAGCAUAAUGCAUUCAAUUAGUUUCAUUCAAAUCUUCACACUAAUUCAAUAGGUACUUUAUAUCAUCAUAAAUUCCAAGUGACAUUUCACCAUAGAACACUCUGA